CCUAGGAGGGCGGUGGCGGGCAGGGCGGAAGCCAUGGCUCUCGGGGCGGGGGCCGCGUUCUCGGUGCUGAGCCCUCUGCGCGCGUUGUGGCUAGGGCUGGCUGCCGCCUUCCUGCUGACCCUGCUGCUACAGCUCGCGCCGCCCCGCCUGCUCCGGGACUGCGCGCUCUUCCAGGACCUGAUCCGCUACGGGAAGACCAAGCUGGUGGGGCCGGCGCGCCCAGCCGCCUACCGCGCCUUUGAUGUCCCCAAGAGGUAUUUUUCUCACUUCUAUGUCAUCUCUGUGCUGUGGAAUGGCUUCCUACUUUGGUUCCUUACUCAGUCUGUGUUCCUGGGAGUGCCUUUGCCAAACUGGCUUCAUGGUCUACUCAGAAUUCUUGGGGCGGCGCAGUCCCAAGGUGGUGAGCUGGCAUUGUCUGUCUUCUUGGUACUCCUAUUCCUGUGGCUUCACAGCUGGCGGAGACUCUUCGAGUGCUUCUAUGUCAGCGUCUUCUCCAAUGCCGUGAUCCAUGUUGUGCAGUAUUGUUUUGGCCUUGUCUAUUAUGUCCUCGUCGGCCUGACUGUGAUCAGCGAAGUGCCAAUGGAUGGCAGGAAUGUGUAUAUAGUAGGGAAAAAUCCAUUAAUGCAAGCACGGUGGUUCCACAUCCUUGGGAUGAUGAUGUUUAUCUGGUCAUCUGUCCACCAGUAUAAGUGCCACGUCAUUCUCGGCAAGCUCAGGAGAAACAAAGCAGGAGUGGUUAUUCACUGCAACCACAGGAUCCCUUUUGGAGACUGGUUUGAAUAUGUUUCUUCCCCUAAUUACUUAGCAGAGCUAAUGAUCUACAUUUCCAUGGCUGUCACCUUUGGGCUCCACAACUUAACUUGGUGGCUAGUGGUGACAUACGUCUUCUUCAGCCAGGCCCUUUCUGCUUUCCUCAGCCACAAAUUCUACCAAAGCAAAUUUGUCUCCUAUCCAAAGCAUAGGAAAGCUUUCCUCCCUUUUUUGUUUUAAGAUAACCUCAGUCAUAAAGAAUGCCAGCUAGAUGACAGUGUGAAGUCAGAGACCAGAGUGCAAUUUCUACAGGGCUGGUUGAAAUUCUGUGUCCUACUUUUACAUCAAAAAGAAUUCAUCAAUUAAGCAAAGCAAUGCCCCCCAAGAAGAUGACCCUUCAGAAUGUCUUCAAAGAAGAAAUGCUUCUGGCAGACCUGCGGUUGCCUGUCUGCUUUCUGCAAUGCCUUAUAAAGCCAACCAAGUGACCAAAAGUAGACAAGACUUCUCCAGGCUACCUCACAAGCACACUAACCAAGAGUACAAACAUCAUCUCCCACAUACAUACACCACAGAACAGACAAGAUCAACUGGGAUUGCUUGUUAGGGAGCAAUGAACUGGACUAGAUAAUGAGGGAUCUAGUAGGUGCUUCAUAAAUAUUCAUUACAUUUCCAUAAAAUCAAAUUAGCCUUCAAAAGUAACAUUAAUUUGUAACUUUACACCAGUGGUAUCAGGGAAAACUGAGGGUUUUUUGGAGUUAGUUUAUACUUUCCCAUAUUACCACAAAGAUUUCCAGUAAUGUAACAAUUAAAAGCCAUUUCAUCUUCCCCACAAGUCAUUGUCUAAUGGGACAUUUUGAAACUUCUUUAAUUUUCUGUUGACAUUCCUUUCAAGAAAGUACUUCAAAAGUGAAAGCUUCACAAAAUAAAAUAUUUUUAUACUUAUGCAUAAAAAGCCUUUUUUUGGUAAAAAGCCUUUUUUAAUGAUCUGGAUCAGUAGUGAAGCCUCAUUCAUCAGUAAUCAUUCAAACUGAAGGAAUGUCUGUCUGAGUGCAUUUCACCUAGCAGAAUGAAACUGAGGAUAAAGAACUAAGAAUUAAGUUUACACUUAAAAUAGCUUAGUUAAGGGCCGGGGAUUUAGCUCAGUGGUUUCACUGCCUGCUGCGCAAGCGCAAGGACCCGAGUUGGAUCUCCAGUACCAAAAACAAAAAAUAGCUUAGUUAAGGAACAUAUCCAUGAGUACAUCAAAGGGAAAUAAAUGCACAGUAUGAAAGAAACUAAAACUUGAAAAAUAACACUAAGCCUGAGCAACAGUAAAACCUGCACAUACAGCAUAUGAUUUUCUGCCCUACUAGCUGAGGUAUUACUCCUUUUAUGCAGAUGUCAUAUUAUACCCUACUAAGUACUAAAGUUUUGCAUUACCUUGCUAUGGGCAAAAGAACCUCAUUAUUAACCAAACAUGUCAAAUGCAGUCUGAAGAAUGUGUUCCCCCACUUCCAUCCCUGGAGUUGAAAGUGAGGCUGCUGAAUGGAAAUUUGCGGGAGGGUUCAGACCUGGGGAUGGAAUCCAGGGUCUUGUACAUGCUAGGCAAGUACUCUACCACUGAGCUACACCCUUAGCCCUUUGAAUCUAACUUUUAAAUGCAUGCAUAUCACAACAUAUCCUGAAGUUCUUACAUUAAUUCUAAUGUAGCAUUGUUUCCCAUCAAUUAAAUACAACUCAAUUAAGAGUACUCCAUUGCUUGGUCUGGUCAAAUAAAAAAACAUAACUCAUUGUAUUUAUUUAUCAUCCUCAGGACCAGAACUCAGGAACAAAACUAUUUCUACAUUGAAAGUGUAAAGCAUUUUUCAAUUUGGUGUUAAUUUUCACACAAAUAGAAUGCAUGAUUUUAAGUAAAUUGUUUAGGAGAAAACUACUUUGCUUCACCAUGUGACUUUAAAUCUUGGUUAGACUAAGUACUUGGCUAAUGUUCUGGAUCUUAUAUUUUGAAGUAAAAGAAUGACUGUCCCUGUUGUAGUUUUGAUUUAAAAAAUGUUCCCCAAAAGGCUCAUGUGUUUAGAGGUGAGGUUUUGAAAAAGUGAUUAGAUCAUGGGGCAACUAAUCUCAUCAGUGGAUUAAUCCAUUCAGAGCUGAAAGUACUGUUAGGUGGUGGGGCCUGGUUGGAGCACACAGGUCACUGGGGGAGUUACUUGGAAGGGUAUAUUCUUAUCUAGACCUAUUCCCCUCUGACUAGCUUUUUCACCCUCUGUAUGCUUACUGGUGGCCAUGAAAUGAUCAGCUUUCUUCUUCCGUGCCAUUCUGCCAUGUUUCUGCCUUAAAGCCAACUGACCAUAGACUGAAACUGUGAGCCAAAAUAAACAUUUUCCUCUAA